UGUGUUUAUUAUUUAUAAAUAUCACCUUCUAUUAAAUCUAGGUCAGUGAUUCCAAAAUCAUAAUCCAAAAACCAAAAUCAUAAUCAAUAAUCAAUAAUCAUAAUCUUCUCUUGAGGCUCAACACCAAUCAAGUUUCUCUCUUUUCAGCACAAUCUUUAGGUUCUGUUUCUUAAAUACAAUUAUAAACUGUUGUUGGUGAUCACUAUGGCAUGUAGUUGCUGACCAAAAUGGUGACUCAAAAGCACUCCUCAAAACUCUACUGCUAAGCUCUUUCAGGAAUAACCUUUUCAUUUACAAUUACAUAGAUUCACUACUCUCUAUUCAAGAUGCAAUCGUCUCGGGAAGGACCGAAUUCAGCUGGUCUCAAUUUCUAUCACCAAACUGGUCAGGGAAUUUACCUACAAGGCAAUCUAUGUGUUGAUAGACAUGGUAGCAGCAGCCAGGGAACUGGUUUUUCUUUCGAAACUAGCAAGGAGCAAUGCUUCCCCCUAGAGUCAUAUCCAGAAAUUGUUGCUUUCAUGGAUUGUGAUUCCCCUUCCUAUGCCAGUGUAUCAUCUAACAAGAGUCCAUUUUCUCCGCAAGAUUCUCAGUCUUGUUAUUCAGAUCACCACCAGUCUUCUGACAACACAUAUGGAUCGCCGAUAAGUGGGAUGUCUAGUGUUGAUGAAGGCAAUGAUUUGAAACACAAGCUUAGAGAAUUGGAGAAUUCGUUAUUGGGGCCUGAUGAUUUCGAUAUUGUUGACAGUUAUGGAAGCAGCAUGGAGGCUAGUCUCCACGGUGCAUGUCCUUCACCUAAAUAUAAUUGGGAUCUGAUUGCCGAAAAUAUUCCAAAGCUUGACUUGAAAGAAGUCCUCUUGCUAUGUGCACAAGCUGUGUCUGAUGGUGAUAUUCCAACGGCAAAAGGCUGGAUGGAUAAUGUGUUGGUGAAGAUGGUGUCGGUAGCCGGAGAACCAAUCCAGAGGUUAAGUGCUUACUUGUUGGAAGGGCUUAGAGCAAGGUUGGAAUCGUCCGGAAUCUUGAUCUACAAGGCCUUGAAAUGUGAACAACCAACAAGCAAAGAGCUAAUGAGUUAUAUGCACACACUGUAUCAGAUUUGCCCAUAUUUUAAAUUUGCAUACAUAUCUGCAAAUGCUGUUAUUCAUGAAACAAUGGCAAAUGAAUCCCGGAUUCAUAUAAUCGAUUUCCAAAUUGCACAGGGCACGCAGUGGCAUUUACUUAUUCAAGCUCUUGCACACAGACCUGGCGGACCCCCUUUUAUUCGUGUAACAGGUGUUGAUGAUUCCCAAUCAUUUCAUGCUCGCGGUGGAGGACUUCAGAUUGUAGGGCAACGGCUUUCAGAUUUCGCCAGAUCUUGCGGAGUUCCGUUUGAGUUCCAUACUGCUGCAAUGUCUGGUUGCGAAGUUCAUAAGGAGAAUCUUAGCAUUAGGCCCGGGGAAGCCCUUGCUGUAAAUUUUCCUUAUAUUUUGCACCACAUGCCUGACGAGAGUGUGAGCAUAGAGAAUCAUAGAGACAGAUUGCUGAGAUUGGUUAAAAGCUUGUCUCCAAAGGUUGUUACCCUCGUUGAGCAAGAAUCCAACACCAAUACUUCUCCUUUCUUUCAUAGGUUUGUCGAGACAAUGGAUUAUUACACAGCUAUGUUUGAAUCAAUCGAUGUUGCUUGCGCCAAAGACGAUAAGAAGCGGAUUAGUACCGAGCAGAACUGCGUUGCACGGGACAUCGUCAACAUGAUAGCCUGCGAGGGGAUUGAGAGGGUUGAGAGGCAUGAACUUUUUGGAAAGUGGAGGAUGAGAUUUUCCAUGGCUGGAUUUAAACAAUGCCAAUUGAGUUCUUCAGUGAUGCAUUCUGUCGAAAAUAUGUUGAAGGACUUCAAUCAAAACUACAGACUAGAACAUAGAGACGGCGCUCUUUAUCUUAACUGGAUGAAGAGAGCUAUGGCCACUUCUUCUGCUUGGAGGUGAAACUGACCCUUUUAUUUUUUGCCUCCUUUUUGACAUGUACUUUAGUAUAGCAUAAUGCAUGGUAUCCUAAGUUUCUUCAUAGUAGUAUAAACUUUGAGAUUUAGCUCUAUUAUUACUCUACAUGUACCUUUUAGCAGGUUAUUCUGUAGUCUGAAGACUCUCAAAACUUAUUGUAAAUGGCAAUACUGAAAUGAAAGAAAUUGUGAGAUUUACUAUAGUACUCAUUUUUGUUUCUUUGUUUAA